AUGCCUACUCCAAAAGUCUACAACAAAUAUACCUGCUCUUGCGGCCUACCUUUUUCUAAUUUACGGUUACUUAAUAGUCAUUACCAAAGGUAUGAAAGCCACAGAAAGGCAGAUAUAGAUAUUGUUAUGGAAGAAGCCGAAUCUGAUUCUGUCCUAACAACUGAAUCGCUCUCUUACCACUCCUCAUUCACUUUUGAAAAAGACCAUGGUGCAAAGCGCAUUUAUAACUUUGAGCCAUUCCCACCCAGUUUUGACGAAACUGAACUCAACAGUAUCCACUUUAUGGAUAUAGUUGAGACCUAUGGUAUUUCAAGAGAGGCUUCAAGAGAAUUAGUAUAUCUUGUCCGUACAAUUGUCCAAAACAAUCUAAAGGGAGCUGAAUUUAAGAAUGGUAAGCCGAAUAAAAGAUAA